UUCCGUUUCGAUCAAAGAUUCCUUCGCCAUGUUUCAUCUCGCAAUCGCUACCGAAUAAAGUUUGUAAUGCUAAAACUUGGAAAAAUAUAGCCAAAAUGGCCGACGACAUUACGGCCGAGUGGCCGGUAAAAGACAUUGUAUAUACUUCCAUCGUCGGCCUCAUCAUGGUGGCAGCCUUGUUGGAAUGGUUUCUGUGGAUAGCUGCUUUUCUCUACUGUCUCUGGAAGGUCUUUGUCAAAGCGGAACACUGGACCAUCCGUGUCUUGUCGGUGGUGGUGGCCUUCUUCUUCACUGCUCUACGACUGAUAUUCCUCCCCAUCAUGGUCGUCACGCUGCCGCUGCCCAGCGCGGUGUCCAGGCACUGGCCGGCCGACAUGGUCCACUUCUUCCAGUGGUUCGCCUUCUGGACCUUCGCCGGGCUGCUCACGAUCCCCUGGCUGUUCUGCACCUACCAGCUGGUCACGCACCAGCUGGGGCGCACCAAGCGGAUCAAGCGGCUCCUCGACGAGGUGUCGGCGCCGAAAGUGGUCAUCGUCAUGCCGUGCUACAAGGAGGAGCCCGAGGUGCUCGCCGCGGCCGUCAACUCGGUGGUCGACUGCGACUAUCCGCCGUCGUGCAUCCACGUCUUCCUGUCGUUCGACGGCGGCGACGAAGACGACGAGCUCUACCGAAACACCAUCGAGAAGCUCGGGGUCCCGACGGCGCUCGACUCGUACCCCAGGAGUAUCGACGUCACGUACAAGGCCGCGCGCAUCACCGUCUCGCGGUUCCCGCACGGCGGCAAGCGGCACUGCCAGAAGCUGACGUUCAAGCUCAUCGACCGGGUGUACGAGGCCUACCUCCGGCGGAACGACAACCUCUUCAUUUUGUUCAUCGACUCGGACUGCAUCCUGGACCGGCACUGCCUGCAAAACUUCGUGUACGACAUGGAGCUCAGCCCGGGCAACCGGCGGGACAUGCUGGCGAUGACGGGGGUGAUCACGUCCACGACGAAAAAGCACAGCCUGCUCACGCUGCUGCAGGACAUGGAGUACAUCCACGGGCAGCUGUUCGAGCGGACGGUGGAGUCCGGGUGCGGGGCGGUGACGUGCCUGCCGGGGGCGCUGACGAUGCUGCGGUUCUCGGCGUUCCGGCGCAUGGCCAAGUACUACUUCGCCGACAAGGCGGAGCAGUGCGAGGACCUGUUCGACUUUGCCAAGUGCCACCUGGGCGAGGACCGGUGGCUGACGCACCUGUUCAUGAUCGGGGCGAAGAAGCGGUACCAGAUCCAGAUGUGCACGUCGGCCUUCUGCAAGACCGAGGCCGUGCAGACGGCGCGGUCGCUGGUCAAGCAGCGCCGCCGCUGGUUCCUCGGCUUCGUCACCAACGAGGCCUGCAUGCUGACCGACUGGCGCCUGUGGCGGCGCUACCCGCUGCUCGUGCUGGUGCGGUUCAUGCAGAACACGAUCCGCACCACCGCGCUGCUCUUCUUCAUCUUGCUGCUGGCCAUCAUGACCACGUCGAGCCGCGUCGACCGCCUGCCGGUCGGGUUCGUCGCCGUGUCGCUCGGGCUGAACUGGUCGCUGAUGCUCUACUUUGGCGCCAAGCUCAAGAGGUUCAAGGUCUGGCUCUACCCGCUCAUGUUCGUCCUCAACCCGCUCUUCAACUGGUUCUACAUGGUCUACGGCAUUUUCACGGCAGGACAAAGAACGUGGGGUGGGCCCCGGGCCGACGCGGCGGCGGCGGAUACGAACACCACGGCGCGGCAGGCUAUUGAGAAGGCGGAGGAGGCGGGCGAUGACUUGAACGUCGUGCCCGAGUCGUUCAUCCCGGCCGCCAUCGCACGGAGGGAGAGCAUCCGACAGGAGAAGGCCGCUGCUGGAGGGCGUGGUGGUGCUGCUUCCCCUUACGGGCGAGGUGAUGGUGGUCAUUAUUACGACAAUGAUGUUGAUGAUGUUGUUGAUGACGAUGAUGAUGAGGAUGAUGAUAAUUACGAGGAAGAAGAAGGGCUAGGUGGGCUCGGCAGAAGGGGAAGCGUGGUUCGACCCCCCGACGCGGUGGAUGGGCGGUUCGUGGCACGGUCCAGGACAAAGGGAGGCUGGUAUGCUCACCCGGACGAGUCGCCUCUCACCAGCGUCGCAGUUGACGACGUCGAUGACCAAGGGGACGUUGGUCCCCCCCGCCGGAGACUCGGGUCCGGAUCGGGAUCGGGAUCGGGAUCGGGAUGGCGGGGUAAGAGCAAGGUCGACCGGACCGAGUCGAAGCGCACGGUGGGCAGUUCGGGGAGCGUUUCGAGUCGGAUAGAGAGGUUCAUCAUGGGAGAGGAGGAUCGCAGGAAAUACGAACUAGCAACGCAACAACACCAACACCAACACCAAGAGCAACAGCAACAGCAACAGCAACAGCAACAGCAGCGGCAGCAGUUUCACCAGACGACCCGGGACCAGACGAUACCGCAUUGGGGACGUUGGCGAGCCGCCGGCAGUGCGAGAGACGGUGGGAGAGGCAGUGGGGGAGGCACUGGAAGUGGCGGCGGUGGUUCCAGACGGACGUCGGUCCCUCCACCGGGGAGAGUGUUCGAGUUCCACGACGCAGCCGAGUUGAGACGCGCCGGAUUUAGCGAUUCCCCAUUGUCGCGGAAGGAGUGACACUAUAUCUCCGAAUGGACUCCUUUUUUGGAGUGACUUGGUUUGUGCGAGGACCAAGGACGGAACCGAAGCACGGUCGAGUCAUCACGUGGGGGAAGGAGAGUCAUGGAAAAGGAAGAUGGGGUCACGAAGAAUGAAGUUGUCAAGUUUCACAAACGAAUAAUCUCGAAUAAUACCUACUCUGGUACCUACCAAAGUAC